UUUAAAUGUAAUACUUAAAUGUGAUUUAUUUGCAUUUAACUGCAAUAAACCAGCUGUGUUUUUGUUUCAUUGCUGGUUUUGUGUCAGGUGUUGUGUUCACGUACAAAACAGAUAUUUUCUUUAGAGAUUAACAAAAUUACCGCUUUCGCUUUAAAAAAAAAAAUGAUAAUGAGGUAUUAGGAGCAGGAGCAUGUCGUAUUUUUGUCGACUGACUCCUUGGUAUGUGCUGCCAAGUGUUGAUUUAGGGAUUCAGUAAAAGUAUGGGGGAAACAUGUAGUUAUUGCAGGGCUUUAUAAGGCAAGUCGACGGCAUGUCUGUUACACUCUCACUGUCCUGAGCUGCUCUUGGACCAUGGGAACCAAACGACCCCACAUCUAUGCAGCGAGGAACGCUAGCUUCCUGCAGAGGGCACUGUUGCUCUCCGUACUGUUGAGUUAUGUGGCCUCAGACUCCGAUGAGGUGGUCCAGACUGAGUGGGAGAUGUGGAAGAGCAGCCUGGGCAUCAGCUACGAUGACACGGAUGACUUGCAGAGGAGGGCAAUCUGGGAGGACAACAAGCUCAAGAUUGAAGACAACAAUCAAGGGUUCUUAAUGGGGAUCAGGUCAUACACGAUGGCGAUGAACAAAUAUGGAGACUUGACAAGACAAGAGUACCAGGUUUUGCAGGGGGCCAUAAUGGAUGCCCGCUUUGCAAAAAGAGGCCAAACAGUUUCUGCCCGUAGGCUGCACUACCAUGCUAAGAAGCUAGGUGCCACAUUUGUAGACUACAGGAAAAUGGGUUAUGUCACGGAGGUGAAAGAUCAGGGUUUCUGUGGCUCCUGCUGGGCCUUCAGCACUACCGGAGCCAUCGAAGGACAGAUGUACAAGACGACCGGCCAGCUCGUCUCUUUGAGCGAACAAAACUUGGUGGACUGCUCCAAACCGUACGGAACCUUUGGCUGCAGUGGAGCCUGGAUGGCUAACGCAUACGAUUAUGUAGUGAACAACGGGCUGCAGCCCACGAACACCUAUCCCUACACCUCAGUGGACACCCAGCCCUGUUACUACGACAGCAGGCUGGCUGUGGCCCAUAUCAAAGACUACAGAUUCAUCCCCAAAGGAGACGAGCAGGCCUUGGCUGACGCUGUGGCAACCAUCGGUCCCAUCACUGUGGCCAUUGAUGCAGAUCACGCGAGCUUCCUGUUUUACAGCUCAGGGAUAUAUGAUGAGCCCAGUUGUAACCCCAACAAUCUGAGUCACGCUGUCCUGCUGGUUGGAUAUGGUACUGAAGGAGGCCAGGACUAUUGGAUCAUCAAGAACAGCUGGGGUUCAGGCUGGGGUGAAGGCGGCUACAUGAGGAUGAUCAGAGAUGGAACAAACACCUGUGGCAUUGCCAGCUACGCCUUGUACCCGAUUCUUUGAUUCCUGCUCCAGAAUCUGAAGUAUGAUUAAUUUUACUGCUCUGUUAUACAAAAACACCAGACAUUAAACACACAUCACGAGUGUUUACAAACCUUAUAAUGAAGAUUCCACUGAAGGCACGCAUAUAGCAUGUAAACCUUGAUGAGAGAACAGUUCUGUUCUUAGGAACAUGCUUCAGUCUAAAACACACUCACUUCACCCUGUGAAUGUUUUCACAUUCAAAUGACAAAAGCAACCUUAAGUAACCUGAAGUAGGUUUAGCAGAAUUCAAUUUUAGUGGUUCCAAAAAGAUUUCUGCAGCGCCCCCUUGUGUAGAUAGGACUGCUGUCGUGUCUCCCCUUUCUCCCUACAUCGACAUUAACAGUUAUUGGCUCAAAGUACAUUUUUGAUGAUGAUACAGACUGUAACCUUUUCUGCAGUCCCUCACUCUGAGGUUUGGAGGCACUGAAAACAUUUAAACAAUACUUUUCAAAUUAAUAAAGACUGAAAUAGUCAAAGACAGAAUGGAUGAAGAUUCAUCUUAAUAAGACCCCGAAAAUAGCAUUUGUCUCAUUCAGUUGAACCUUUUCUCUGAUGUUGUGACGAGCCUUAAACACUUCAACAGGUGAAUUAGUCCAAUCAAUGGUUAUUGUACAAGUUGAAUAAACUGAAACUGAAUAAACUGUUAAACCAAAAACUAUAAACUAAACUUAGACUGCAAAACAUUUAAAACAGGUGUGUAUCAUAUUAUUAGUUAUAGUUAAUAAAAUUAAAAAAAGACUUUGGGUUAUUUGUGGAUGAUACAACUUCAGUCUGUUUCAUGCUUUAGUUUGAAAACAGGUCAAUUAUUUUUUCAAAUAAAAGAUUGUUUUUACUCUUGUGCUAUGUUAGUGGUUGAACCUGUUAAUAAAGUGGUUUCCUCCUGUCACUCUGCUUGGCUCAUCUUGGUUUCUACAUGAACACUUCAUUUACUUAUUCACAUCUCUGCAGUUUCUAAUAGAUAUUUAUGAUAUUAGAUAUUUAUGUCUGCGAGGAGAACCUCACCUCACUGAACCUUGAACUGACCUCAGGAACAUUCACAUUCAGCCAGUCUUUCUCACCACUCGCUCGUCUUCAUGCCUCUCAUGUAAAAGACUCCAAGGUUCACUGCUUCAGG